ACCUGGCUUCACAUUUCUCGACCGUCAAACCGCGAGACCGCAGGAGCGAAGCCCGCCAAAAGGAAAUGGCGAAUUCGUCAGUUCAAUUCGAGCUCUCCAGUUCCAGUAUGGAUUCCCACCACCGCUCGCCGGAGUACAACUCCCUCCUCCUCGCCGGCCCUCGCCUCGGCCCUCUAAAGCAAGCCCACGCGCGCCUCGUCGUCGCCGGCCACAGCCGCUCCCUCCCCCUCACCACCAAGUUAGCUACUCUCGCGGUGGCAGCCGGCGCCGCUUCCUACGCCCACCUCCUGGCCGCUUCCCACCCCGCGCCGGACUCCUUCCUCUUCUGCUCCCUCACCCGCGCCGCCGCGCACCGCAGUCUCCCGGCCGCCGCUCUCACCUUCUACCGUUGCCUCCUCGCCGCCGCCCUACCCUUCUCCAGCUUCGCCUUCACCGCCGUUGCCAAGGCCUGCGCCGAUAUAUCUGCGCUCCGCACCGGCAUGGCCAUCCACACCCACGCCGUCCUCCUCGGAUUUGGCUCCGAUCGAUUCGUGCAGACGGCGCUUGUUGUGCUCUACUCCAAGUGCGGCCAACUGGCAGUUGCACGCAAGCUGUUCGAUGCAAUUCGUGACAGAAGCGUGGUCGCUUGGAAUGCGAUGAUUUCUGGGUAUGAGCAGAACGGGCUUGCCGAGCGUGCGAUCGAGGUGUAUAAGAAGAUGCAAGUGGCUGGGGAGGCGCCUGAUUCUGCGACAUUUGUGGCCACCCUCUCUGCUUGUGCACAGGCUGGUGCUCUGGACUUGGGACGUGAAGUGGAGGGAUGUAUUGUUUCUGAAAGAAUGGACAUGAGUGUGUUUCUUGGUUCUGCCCUUGUGAAUAUGUAUGCCAGGUGUGGGUUAGUGAACAAGGCUCGCAGGUGGUUCGACAUGCUCCAGGAACGUAAUGUGGUUACAUGGACCUCCAUGAUUGCAGGAUAUGGUAUGCACGGACAUGGCCAUGAGGCAAUCAAACUGUUCCAUUUGAUGAGACGCGAAGGGCCACCACCUAAUGAUGUCACCUUUGUGGCAGUCCUAUCUGCGUGUGCGCAUGCUGGGUUGGUUAGCGAGGGUCGUGAAGCUUUUGCUUGCAUGAAGAGUGUCUACAGACUGGUCCCUUGUGCUGAGCACUAUUGUUCUAUGGUUGAUAUGUAUGGAAGGGCAGGACUUCUUGAUGAUGCAAUGCAAUUUAUACGUGACUUUAUACCUGGGGAGCCCGGACCUGAAGUUUGGACAGCAAUGCUUGGGGCAUGCAAGAUGCACAAGAAUUUCAAUCUCGGAGUGGAGGUUGCUGAGCGAUUGAUUGCCCUCGAGCCCGAGAAUCCAUCUCACCGUGUGCUGCUUUCAAAUAUAUAUGCUUUAUCUGGUAAAAUGAACCAUGUUGAGAAGGUGAGGAAUACCAUGAUCAAGAGAAGAUUGAAGAAGAAAAUAGGAUACAGCUUGAUUGAGAUAGGGGGUAUUGCCCAUCUGUUUCGCAUGGGUGAGAAGUCUCAUCUGCAAACUAGAGAGAUUUACCAAUAUUUGGAGGAACUGAUCCAUAGGAUUACUAAUGCUGGUUAUGUGCCUGAAACUGAUUCGGUGCUGCAUGAAUUGGAAGAAGAGGAGAGAGAGGUUGCAUUGAGAUAUCAUGGUGAAAAACUGGCUGUAGCCUUUGGACUCAUGAUGAGUGCUGGGAGCACCGCUCCAAUCAGGAUAAUAAAAAACCUGCGGAUAUGUGGUGAUUGCCAUCUAGCUAUCAAAUUCAUGUCGGCUGUGGAGAAUCGAGAGAUAAUUGUCAGAGAUAAGCACCGGUUUCACCAUUUCAAAGAUGGCAAGUGCUCCUGUCUGGAAUAUUGGUGACAAGCCUUCUCUGUCAUAAGGUAACUUCAAAGUUGUAGCUUUCUAACUCAAACAUUAGGAUGUUAGAGGGUGCAGAACGAGCUCUGAUUUUCUUGGGCUGCUUCUAUUGAAGAACGGAGAGUAAGCUACACUGCAUACAUCCAAGAGGCUACCAUCUCGUGUGAGACCAAAGAAGCUGGCUGACCCUGAGCUGUUGCCUAUCAAUUUAUCAUGCUGCUGCUGAAGAUCAGUCAUCAGUUGCUGGGCUCAAGAGGUGUGUGCAUGUUUAGGUGCCAUGGAGUAUCGAUUUUGAUGUCGUCUUUGCACAGUGUGCCAAUGAAACGGUGUAGGGUUUUCUGUCCGCAGGCUGGUGGGGACGUGUGGUGCUCUGCCAGGAAGCUCCGGCGCCGACUCUUCAUUGCGCGGCGGUCUCACACUGGAAGUUGUGAGCGUCACCUUGGGGGCGAGAAAGCGUGGCUGCAAAAGGGUUGAUGUGUUUGCUCUUUUGUUUCCUUCUUCUGCUGGCUGGUGGGGAUGGCGCGGAACAUAAGUUCGAGUAAUGCACUAAUGCCUGACACUGCACUUUACAGUCAGGCUUGAUUUGGUGUCGGAACCGUGGCAAAUGCGCGCUUGGGUUGAUCGCUAACUGUAAAUGCAAUCAAAUAUGGGUUUUAAGCGUCGUUAUCUUUCAAAUUUGUCUCAAUUUGAUGGCCACCAUUUUCCGACGGGUUGUAUUUGCGCAUAUUUGACCCAUGAGAGCGAAACACCAGUACUUGAAGUCUUCAACCAUAGUUCCCUUUCUGAAGGAAUGGUCAUGUUUACCCGUGCUCUCGGGUGGCAUUGGACAUUUGGACGAUUCUUCUCACCUCUCGAAAGGAAAAUUACCGGAGCCCAUACAGAGCCCAUGAGCCGAAUGGUGUUCAUCUCCACGGGCUCAACAAUAGCCUCCACUGAAAUCGAUGACAACUCACGCUUUUUAAAACCCUCGCGCGAGAUUCAGCUUGGUACAAGUGUGCAUUCCCGCGAAUUCGCAAACUUAAUCCAUAUGCAAGUAGGCCAUAUCCUACGUGGUCUCCAUGUGUCAUUGACAAAUAUUCAGACGCAGCAAGCCCCAGAGCCUUUUCCUAGAAAAGAACUUCAGAAAUGACAAGGCGGAUCACAUCGCUGCACGAUGGCGACACCGCCGCCUCUCCGCGCACCGCCCCUUCACACUGACUGCACCGCCCCACCGGGUCCUCCAUCCACUGCGGCCCACACGUCAGCAGCAGAGCCGCGUGCGCGUGCAACCUGCGACGAGCUGGACGAUCCCGAACCCGUCGAAUCGAACGGCGAGCGGCCCAACAACCCCACACCUAUGAAUUCGAGCCGCAGGAUGCGCCUGGGCCGCAAUCUGCCGUCCGAUGGCGGUCCGGCUCGCGGAUCCGGCCGUAGAAUAUGAGUUU